AUGGUGAUGAGAGUUGGCCUUCUUUGCCUCCUCAGCCUGGCUGUAGGGGAUGUGGAGCCUUAUGACUCCAGGGCCAACUUCAGUUCAGGAGGCAGCUCUAGGUUCGGUGACAGCUCUAGCUCCGGAGGCGGAGGCGGGGGCGGCAUUUUCCUAGGAGGCUCCAGUUCUAGCUCCAGGGCUGGCUCCAGCCACAGUGGCGGCUUUGGCUCCGGAGGUGGCUCCAGCCAGCCAUUUUCCAAUUUCAACGGCUCCCUGGAUCAUCACGGGACCUGCCAGUGCUCCGUCCUCCUGCCAGACACCACCUUUCCUGCUGACAGAUUGGAGCAGCUGGAGUUCACAGCUCACACACUCUCCGAGAAGUUCCAGAAAGAACUCUCUCAAGUUCACAAGUAUAUUGAAAUGAUCAGCGUGUAUGCCAAGCACCUCUCCAACCUCACUGUCCGAGUAGAGAUCAUGGAAAAGGAUUCCAUUUCCUACACGGAACUGGACUUUGAGCUAAUCAAGUUAGAAGUGAAGGAGAUGGAGAAGCUGAUCAUUGAGCUGAAGAAGAACUUUGUUGGAAGCUCAGAAAUUGUUGACCAACUGGAGGUGGAGGGCACAGUGUCCUACUGUGGCACACCCGAGGUCGCCAUGAGUCGGAAUGGAUUCAACAUCACCUGGCUCCUGCAGGUGCCGGAAGGGAGCUGUGCUCAUGGCAGAGUGGCGAACAUCAGCAGGCCAGCAGUGGUGCAGCUUAACUGGAGAGGGUUUCCCUAUAAGUCUGGGGUCUGGGGCCAGGACUACUCUCCUCGGCAUCCAGGGAAAGGGCUGUACUGGGUGGCACCUCUGAAUUCCGAGGGGAGGUAUAUGGAAUACUACAGACUCUACAACACCUGGGAUGAUUUGCUCUUGUAUACACAUUCCCGGGAGAGCCGAGUCACAUAUGGCCAGGGCGCCGGCGCUGUUGUCUACAACAGCAACAUGUAUUUCAACUUACACAACACCCGGAACAUUGUCAAACUGAACUUGACCACCAAUAAGAUGGAUGUGACGUACACGCUCCCUGAUGCCGCCUUUAACAACCGCUUUUCGUACGCGAACAUCGAGUGGCAAGACAUUGACUUCACUGUGGACGAGAAGGGCUUGUGGGUGAUCUAUUCCACUGAAGCCAGCACCGGCAACAUCGUGAUUAGUCAACUCAAUGACUCCACACUGGAGGUGCUGCGCACCUGGCAGACCAAGCAGUUCAAGCUCUCUGUUUCAAACGCCUUCGUGGUUUGCGGGGUUCUGUAUGCCACUCGUACUCUGAACACCAGAAUGGAAGAGAUUUUCUACUACUUUGACACAAACACGAGUGUGGAGGGCCAGUUGAGCAUCCCCAUGUAUAAGAUGCAGGAAAAAGUGCAGAGCAUUAACUAUCACCCUAUGGAGCAGAAGCUUUAUGUCUAUAAUGAUGGUUACCUCCUGAAUUAUGACCUGUUCUUCCUUCAGAAACCCCAGUAA